UGUUGAUGGCUUCUGACUUUUGUAGAGUUUGUAAGUACUCAAUGAUUUUUUGGCUUGUACUUUCUUUUGAGUAGUUCAUGUGUUGGAGUCUUUGAGGAGUGUAAGCAACUGGUUUUGGUAAUUAGUUGUGUUGAGAAUUACUGUGCAUAUCCCCUUAUCAGCUGGCAGGAUCGAGAUGUUUUUAUCCUUGCCCAGUGAUGUUACAGCCUUCCUCUCCUCCAAGGAGAGGUUUGGGGCUGGAGUCUUGGCAUUAGAAAGAGCUGCUGUCACUUUCAGCUGUAUUUGUUCCCCUUUCGGUUUCUGUUCUGUUUGUUUUUGUUAGUUUUUUUCUGAUCCCGUCGCUGUGAUCAAAUCAAGUGUAGGAACCUGAUGCAGAGUCAUGGCAAAGUUCAACCCUUUCGCCAAUACAUCUUUUUCUGGUUGGACCCAAACUUCCACCAGCCCUGGGUGCCAAGUCGAACCCAUCUAAACGACACCGUGACCGUCUUAAUGACGAGUUGGAAAAGUUGACUAGUCUGCUGCCCUUCACCAAGGAAGUCCGGGCUCGCCUGGACAAGUUGUCAGUGCUCCGGCUCAGCGUGGCUUACCUGAAGGUCAAGAGCUUCUUUAAUGCCACCCUCAAAAAUGGGCCGACUAGGUCAAGCUGGCACAGCCAUCCCAGCCUCAUGGUGGAGGAAGAAGUCCAGAGCACAUCCACACCGACCACCGCCCUGGUGACUUCCAUUGAUGGGAUUCGCUUCUCAGAGGGAGACCUGCUCCUCCAGGCGCUGAAUAGCUUUGUGUUGGUGGUGACCUCUGAAGGUUACGUCUUCUACACAUCGCCCACAAUCCAGGACUUUCUGGGUUUCCACCAGUCUGAUGUCAUCCAUCAGAGUGUAUUCGAGUUGAUACACGCGGACGAUCGAGCACUUUUCAGGCAAGAACUUCACUUUGCUUUCAACCCUCAUUCCAGCCAGCCAGAUGGCACCACAGAGGCCAGCAGUGAACAGAGCAGCAGCGAAGUCACCGCCAACCUGAUGACCUAUGACCCUCAGGCUAUUCCUCCAGAAAACUCGUCUUUCCUAGAAAGAAACUUCUGCUGCCGGUUCCGAUGCCUGCUGGACAACUCAUCUGGCUUCCUGGCCUUAAACUUCCACGGCCGCCUGAAACUCCUCCAUGGUCAGAACCAUAAGGUCAUGUCAGAGAACGGCACACAAGUUCCUCCACAGCUUGCUCUGUUUGCCAUCGCUACGCCACUGCAGCUGCCGACUAUUUUGGAGAUCCGCUCCAAGACGCUCAUUUUCCAGAGCAAACACACGCUGGACUUCUCGCCGAUCGGCAUCGACACCAGAGGAACGGUGGUUCUGGGUUACAGUGAUGCAGAGCUCCGCAUGACGGUUUCAGGCUACAGCUUCAUCCAUGCUGCAGACAUGAUGUACUGUGCCGACAACCACCUCACCAUGAUGAAAACAGGACAGGCGAAAUCCGCCUUCCGACUGCUGACUAAAAAGAGAAAGUGGAUUUGGGUCGAAGCCAACGCCAGGCUUGUCCUAAAGGGAGGGAAGCCGGAUUUCAUUGUGGUGCAGCAGAGACCUAUAUCCAACGAAGAAGGAGAGGAAAAUCUGCGUCUUCGUCGGCUGGAGCUGUCGUUUAGCUUCGCCACUGGUGAGGCACUGUUGUACGAUUUGGCGCCAACAUUGGACAUGCCCGACCCUUGUUCCGUCCCAAAGCAGAGGAAGCUAGACCAGCACUCUGUCAGGGCCACUUCGAUUCUUGGCUGCAUGCUAAACCAGGACCAGUCUAUCUACUGCAAGCACAACUUUGCUAACAAUGUCAACUACAUUAACGAUAUAGCCUUUCAAGACACGCAUGCCACAGUCAGUGUUGCUGGAGACGUCUGGCAGCACACUUCACCCAAACCUUCCAUUGAAAGCUUGGUGAAGUCUGAGAGCACCGUCCAGGACAUGAUGGAGACUCUGCAGGAGAUUUUGGGUGACGGUCACCUUAUAGAUACAGUGAACGUGAAACCUGAAGAGCUAAAAAGCUGGGAAAGCACUGUACUUAAGGUUAAAAGUAACAGCUGCGAAAUGAGUGCCAACCUAAAUGAACUUAUUAGUGAGGACAUCCUUUUGUAUGUGGAGGAGCAGCUACAAAAAGAAGGUGGGCUGAUGUUGCCAGACCAGCUCAAUGAUGUUUCCCCAAUGUUGAACUUCCAGAACCAGGGUCCUGCUGACCCAAACAUGGGACAAAACGUCAGCUGGCUUUUAGACCCUCAGAGCCAGUUAUCUAGUGGGGGACAGAUGAUGCCUGAACAGCCAUGUACUGUUUUGGGGACGAGUUUGUCUGGUCUCAAUAGUCCAGUAAUGGGCCAAAUUCUCUCAAAGCAAAAACUGUCCCUUCCUACUUGCCUUCAAGAUUCCACAGGUGGACUUCCACCGAGCUUUGUCCCGUCUUUGGGAGCCUCUUUUGCCGAGACACCGAUGACAUUGAGGACCAUAGAGGCGAGUUUCAAAGAUAGCAACAUAUUGUCGCUCAGACAACCCAAUCAUCUAACCAACCAAAUGGCUCAACCAAUGCAGAACUGCCAUCAGCGGAUGGUGCCUAACCUUCCUGCUGACCACUGUGAUCAAAUACAGCCUGCAAUCAGCUUCCACAAUACCCAGUGGAGCUUCAACCAUGCAGAUGCUUUUGUGGAAAGUCACACUCAAAAUCUUCCUAAUGGACCAGUCAAAGCAACCAGCUGUAUGCAGAGCCACAUCGACCAUCCGGUUCAUGGUGGACAAUACCAGAGACAUUCUUGGCAGCAACAGCACCAACUAGAACCACAGCAAAUUUCAAAUGGACAAAUGAGCCUUAACCAAUUGUCAGGAUUUCAGACAAAUCCAGGGUUUGCAGUGAUCCAGAACACUGCCCUGUCCGGACCAACGUUUAGGAAUCCAUUUAGUACUGUUGAGCAUGGGGUGGGGCUGGCACCUAUUGCAGUUCCAAGCAGUUGUAUGUUAAUUAACAAUCCUCCCACUCUACCUGUGAAUGGUGGACACGCCAGUGAGAUGCUCUCUUACCAGAAAUUGAAACACGUCAGCAACCACAUCCCAGACAGCAACUCCUGCUUCAAUCAGGGUGAAGGCGAGUCCUUGUCCCGCCCAGACAUGGCAACGCUUCCCUGCCAAAUAGCCCCAGGUGUUGACCUGGGCAUCCCGCUGAUGCAACAACAGUACCUGAAUUUCAGUGACCAGCUCAACAACCACUCAGUUGUCGAGAACAGGGGCGGGGCUUUUCCUCACUGCCAAACAGGAACUUCUGCUUCUCAGAGAAAAAACAGGAAACAGCUUUGACUUUUGGGCUGCGGGGAUCCCGACAUGGACCGACAGACAAAUGUCUCUAAAACAAAGUCAUGAAUGUGUGCUUGACUCUCUCUCAGUCGUCCUCAGACAAGCUUCCAUCGGAGUCUCCAAUCAUUCCGGUUCUCCAUACACCCGGGCAGCUCCGUAGAGCUUUCAGCUCCCGCAUCUUUUUUCAGGAUGUCCACGUACGUUAGCACGUUGGUUCCCAUAGGACCAGCCUGCUGGCCGGGAGCUCCCGAUGUCUGUGGUAGUGGCCGGCCAGCCUCAUCCUCCUAGCUGUUAUCUUCUUGCUGAGCCUCGACAGUUGCCCUUGUUGGUGAUGUGGAUGUUCUGGUCCACGUUAAGAACAGCUCGUAACAUUCUGGUGUGGCACCCAUCAAGGGACUUCUGCAGGGUGGGUGUCAGGGUUCAGCUUUCGCAGCCUUACAGGAGGACAGACUCCACAGUGCCGUGGAAUAGACUCAGCUUUAUGUGUCGGGGGAGAUUCGAGCACCAGACUAUUGACAUAUCCUUCAGGGCCCUCCACGCUAGUGCCUUCCUGACCUUAAGGUCUUGUUCUGUGGAGUUCAUCCAGGAACCCAAGUACUUGAAGUCAUUGACCUCUCGCAGAGCGUUGCCAUCUGAUGUUGUUAGGGUAUAGGUGAUUACUUCUUUGCGUUCAGUCUGAGGCCAACCCUGGCACAUUCCUGAAGAACAGAAUUGUGCCUCUUUGGUUCUUGAAAAUCUAAUGGUUGCCUAAAUGUUCACUAUAAACGAGCAAGACAUGAAAGGUCACCUGUUCGGAGUUUAAUUUAGGUCUUGAAACAUGGAAUGAUGGAAUCAGGGUGGUUGGAUUUGACCAAAGAAAUAAAUAAUAAAGAUCGGUGAAAUUUGAGAACAGCCAGCAAGCCCGGCGAACAAGUUUGAGGGCUCAUGAUGAUCAGGAAUAUUAAAAAUAGGAGUUAAAAGUUUGCAGUUUGCAGUCCCCUUCUCAACCCAAAUUUUGUAACUCUGAAUGGUCUGCUGCUUCACUUCUACAUCUCAUUUUCGGCCAGAGAUGUACCAGCGCCACAUUUGUUGUUGAAGGUAAACUUUUUUCAUGACCACAUACACAAAAGUUGAAGUGUAAUGCGUUUGAUACAUUUAAUGCAUCAAAGAUGCUAAAAUUA